GCCAAACAUUGCAAACCCAGGUGCAGGUCGCGACGGGAGUGUGCAAGCGUUGUAAGAAAAGAAACGAAGCACAACAUGGCAAGCGCGAAGCAGCAGGAGAAUAUGCUCCUGACGGAGCACUUUACUUGGCCUCCAAUUUCCCUAAUCGACGACAUCAUCAAUGCCGUAAACGAAGUCCUCUACCGCUGCACCGACUCCUUCGAAACCGGCCUGUCCUCUGCAGACCCCGCCCUCCUGGGAUUCGCCGACCGCUACGCUGCUGAGGGGCGUACAGCAGAGGUGGACGAUGAGGGGAAUGCGGUAUACGAGGAGGCGCGGCUGGAGAUUGAAGAGGGGGUCUUGAAGCUCGAGACGCUCAUGGAGAAUGCGGUGGACAAGAAUUUUGACAGAUUGGAGAUUUGGACACUGAGGAAUGUCUUGUGUUUGCCGCGCGGGGAGGAAGAGUUGGCGAGGUGGGUUAGGUUGGGGCAUUAUGAGAACGUCCAGACCUCGCCCAAAGACUCGAGCCUCACACCCGAAGCCCUCUUCACACUGCGGCGGAAACUCAUCGAAACGCAAAAACUCAACGCCGCGCUCGUCGCAGAGAAGAGCCGCAACGACGCGCAAAUAGCCAGCCUACGCUCCCUCCUCCAACCCGCCAUACCUCCCAAGCACUCUGACGCUCGAUCCUCAACUUCCCCCGCAAAACCAACAGAUCAAAGCAGCGCAAACAGCACCGCGCCAUUCGCCUUCCUAACACACACCCCCGCAGCCCAAGCCCUCGGCAUCCAAACUCUCCCACCACAAUCAAUAACAGCAACAACAACAACGCCCGAAUCCCGCACACCACUAACAACCCACACGGCCUUCACAGCAAGCCAACUCCCCUACCUCCGCCAGCUCCUCGCGUCCCUGAAACCCCAUAUCGCCACUGCCGCGGCGCUACCUUCCAACACGACGAAUAGCCGGGCGAGCGAGAAGGACGAAGUCAAGCGAGAAAGGAAGAUGUAUGUUGAGAGUCAGAGUAAGAGGAUACUUGAGAGGCGGGGUGUGGAUACGCGGGAUGGUGUUGAGGGGGUGUGGGGGGGGAGUCGGGUCAGGGCGGAGGAGAUUAGGGGGUUGGAGGGCUUGGUUGGGGGGUUGAGUGGUGGGGGGUUGAGUGGUGGGGGGAAAGGGGAUGUUAAGAGGGAGGGGAGUGGGAGUGGGAGUGGGGAGGAUACUACUAUGGGGGCGGGGGAGGACGAACAAGGGGAUGCUAUGGAUACCUCUUAAGUUUGAGUCGCUUGAGCCUGAGUGCUUUUUGUGCUGAAUGUCCCUUUUUUCUGGGUACUAGGGUUUCUUUACUCGGAUUGGUGUUUUGGGACUUGGGAUGAUACCAGGAUGGAUAGCGAUCUGCGCACUUCACUGCACUUUUAAAUGCUUUUUAACUCGGACUCUAUUUUUUCUUAACAUUGGCAAUGUUUGGUCUGGAAAUCAGCGAGCCUAGCCUUCUUUUCGGUAUGUGUUGCGUGCUCCGUUUAAUCCGAGUCUUCCACGGCGGACGCGAUGUAUAUAGUAGUCCUAAUAUUACAGCAUUGCGUUGCG